AUGGCGGAAGAGCCACACAUUGCUCAACCCAUCAACCAAGGGCGUCGAAUUCUCCCGUUGGUGGUACUGCUCAUCAUUACCACGGCAGUCAACUUGGCUCUCAUAGGAGCCCCUCUGUUGCGCCACCAAGAUCAUCAUCAAGAUCCCUCGGCAUCUCCCACCAACAAGGAUCUGUCAUCCUAUCCAGCCCACAGGGACAACUAUGAAAACGAGGAAGAACGACGGGAUCUCUCGGCAAUUCCAACCAAUAAUGGGACUGAUGAGCAAGAUAUUAUCUUGAGACUGUCGUGUCCCACGGAACUGGAAUCGUCCCUCGAAUUCUCCUUUCCGUCUCCAUCCAUCGAUCAUCCGACACAUAAUACUUCUGCUGCUGUGUCCAAACGAUCCACUCCUUCGAGUUACUGGAUCGAAUUGACCAAGUCGUCCAAUGACACGCUAUGCACUCUUGUCCAGGUCCAUGUCAACAGUGUCGGAGAGACAUAUCUACAACCCAUUGCCCGCUCCUAUGACAACUUUAAUUGGGAAGUUACGGCCGGUCCCUACGUCAACCAUCUCCAACCCUUUCGUUGUUUCAGCAACAACAAUAGGUGUCAAAUCAAUUUGGAUGUUGCUGUACCCAAUAAUAAUCCGAACCAAGCCAUCUUUCAACUUACCACCUUUGGACGGCCCAGCUAUUACUCGAGGCGCACCGAAAUUGCUCGAUUCCUUGAACAGGCCACCUUUGGAGCUACGCGUGCAGAAAUCGGACGUAUUGAUAAUAAUCAUUCCAGCACUACGACGCCAAACAACAACGGUAAUGCAACGCUGAUGCAACAAUUUGCCGAUUGGGUCCAGGAUCAAAUGGAUCCCGACAAGCACCCCAUCAUGAGCCACCGGGCCAUUUUUCGACGGCACCUCAAUGCCCGAUUCGAAUCCGCCUCUAGCUUGGGAGCUGUGACCGCACCGUGUCAAUCUGGCACUCGGUACCGACGCAUGGCCUUUUCGGAAAAGGAUAUCAACAAACGAUUGACCGUGUCCUACUUUUUGGGCCCGCAUACAAAUACCAGCAGCAGUAUUACGAGUCAGCAGCAACCUCCUUCUUUUGUGAUGCUCCGUGUCGAUGGUCAAUUCCGAACCGUCGUGCGUGCUCCCAUUUAUCGGUGGAAUGAUGAGGCUGACAGCAACAACAAUGAUGGUGCACAACCACAAGAUUGGCCCGAUGGAAGCUACAGAAUAUGCUCCAUUCAGUACAAUGGCAAACGCGUGGGUAUGACAGUAGAGCAUCCUACCGAAGGUUGCAUUGCCAUGGUCUUUGGAGAUCCGCAAUCCUCCAUACAGAAAUGGACCAAUCCACCAGUCUAUGGAGCCAACAACACCACCAACUCCACUAACAACGUUUCACUGACCGUUCUGGAAAUACCCCUCGAGAGUGCCUCUGUGAUUGACGAACGCUACUUUCCAGAAGAGGGAACCAUGCCAUCAAACAACGAAAUCAUUCUACAAACCAAUCUGACCCACACGGAAUGUGCUAGUUUGCGAGAAUCGCGAAACGGAGAACGUCAAGAAGCCGUGUUUGCACUCUGGAAUGGCUCCUAUUACAUUCACGAUCCACGGUUCCAAUUGCUGAGCAAUACCCUCGACAAUCCACUGCCCGAUGGAGGUGGCACUGUAGCCCAAGACAAUCAAAACACUUUGCUCUACGAUGCAUUCUCGGCCCGGUGCGCCAACACCCCCAGAACCUUUUUGAAUGAACACGAGUGUGUUCUGUCCAAUCAUUCCAAUGCAUGCCCGUAUGAUGUGUCAUCCAAUGAUGAUCGCGUCGCACGCUACUUUCAAGUCACGCCAAGGGCGCUCCGGGCAAUCUACCAAGUCACUCGUGACGAUCCAAGAGCAGAGACAGCGUUCUUGUACGCCAUGGAAGGGUUGGAUAUUCAACGUGAUCCUCAAGUGACCGCUCCCUGCGUUCCCGGUUCUCGAUCGCGGUGGUUGUCGGUGCCAUGUUCCAACAAUGCUCGGUUUACCGAUGUCAAUGAAACUACAGCAACCGUGUUGGCCCGACAGUUGUCACGGAAUGUUUGGCGUGAAAUGUCGGACCGUCAAGCCGCUGGAGCGGCGCAAGACAUGAGUCCACCGAUUUUACUCGACGUUUGGCGCGCCAGAACCAAUCUUCCAGACGAAACGUGUCAUGCCGCCGAUCUGGACACGAAAGGCUUUGAAGUUCCAGACAUUCGGCGACCUCGUCGCUGUUGGAAGAAUGUUCAUCCAGAUCAUUGGAACGUGUACGACUUUACAUAUUGGGUACGGAAUCACCCAGGCAAUUCCGACACCCACAAUCCCAUCCGAGAACCAGCCGAAGCUGGCAAUACGACACUGAGAUUCCCAGACUGGCAUGAGAUGACACGAUGGCAUUCGGUCAAGAACCGUCUUUCAGGUCCUGCGCGGUUGGGAAGUUUCUUUGAUUUUUUUGAGCUACCCCUGGAACUUCGCACGCAGCAAAUAGCUCAAGCAUUGGGAAUCGAUCUCGCUUCGAUUGCCACGGAGGAGGAAUCGCGGGGGCCUUCAGGCAGCAGGACUCUGGUGUGUGGCAGUCCCUUCGAGGUUGCAAACGAACCAUCUCUAGGUGGCAGUGCCAUCAACAAAGGUGCAUUCGAUGCCUCCACGGUUUACUUGCGAUCGACAACAUCGGCUGACCUGGAGCUACAACGACGCGCCGUCUGGAUCAAGGCUGUGCUUGAAGACCCCGGACAGUUACGGCAACGCGUCGCUUGGGCUUUGUCACAGCUGCUAGUCAUUUCUCCCGCGACCCCGCGCUCGACAGAAUCCUAUUUGGCGUUCUAUGACAUCAUGGUCCGGAAUGCAUUUGGCAACUACAGAGACGUCCUCAAAGAAACCUCGUACUCGGCAAUGAUGGCACACAUGCUGACUUACGAGGGAGGCCGUUCUACUGCAGCCGUCUGGUCAAGGGAGGGAACCCUCGCUUUCGCCGACGAGAACUAUGCGAGGGAGGUGAUGCAGCCGAGUACGAGGUUUCUUUGA